AUGAGCAAUUCUCCUCCUUCGACUUCAAGUUCCGGGAAGGGGCUGUCUAUUCCACGCAAGCUGGCUCUCAAUGCCAUAAAUGAGAUACAGAACCGUUCGAAUGACUACUUGCUUAGCAAAAAAGGCGGAAAGAGCCUUGAAGAAGGGCGUAAAAGAGCAGCUUUAGCAGCUGUGAUCUCGACCGUUUCCUCAGUUGGUGCGGAUCGGCUUUCAAAAGCAGAUUUUGAUGAGCUGCGAGAUCUUUCAGAACAGGAGUCUCACGACAAAGUGCAUUUCAUGGACAAAUUAACAAACAAGUUGAUAGAUGCAAUUCCGCGACGUUCCGAUGAAUCAAUGGAUGAACUGAGAAGCCGAUUAGAAGACAGACACAGAGUAGAACAGCCAGGGCUCUCUAUCAAGAGAAUCAGCAGAAACUUCAAGGUGUUGAGCUCGAAAAUGGAUCUCGUGUUCAGUCUUCAGUAUUCGAUAAUUCACGUCAUAUCUUGGGAUCAGCCCUCAUUAACACUGACCUUUUUGAUCCUCUACACUUGGGGCUGUUUGAUGCCCUACCUGUUUCUUGUUUACCCAGUGUUCUACGUCUUGACAGGGGUUUUGAUCCCUAACUAUCUCUAUCGGCAUCCUUUAACAAAGCCAGAUAUUAUUCCUACUCGUGCGCGCGGUGAUAGCUCGAUAUUUGGGUUUUUGCGAACUCAGAAUGCCUGGGAGAUGGACAGGCAGCGAAUUCUACUGGAGAGAAGUAGAACGCUCGAACGCAUGCUCAGCCAGGAGCUGGAGUUGUCCACAAUAAGCUCCAGAACAUCAACAGACUCAGAAGACGAGGGGACCUCGAGUUUAUUUUACGAGGUAUUCACAGCAGAUUCCAAAAGCAAUCUGGUGUUCAAAGCUGUUCUUGAGGAGGACGAGGAGACUACUGAGAAAGGACGAACAGGGGUGGUGGAUAAGGUGAAACUGCUUAUCAACAUGAGAGAUUUGCAGAAUUUGACCUCUGAUUUAAUCAGAAUGAUGACACGCAUGCAAGAUAGCAUCUACGAAAAUUACAGUUUCAAGGACGAGAAACAGAGUACCAAACAUUUCUUCAACCUGGUCGCAUUGAUACUCAUAACAAUAGUCCUUGGGCCCUACAUUCCAUGGCGAGCAAUAUUCAUCAUCACGAUGUGGAUACUGAUUCUUCUGAAACACCCCAACCGCCAAUACUUCAUCAAGCAGCUAAAACCAGCGACGAAACACAAGCUCCCACCAAAACACAAAACAGAAGUCAAACGCAGAGCUUCUAAACUGGGUGAGUUGAUAGUGGACGAUGCUCCUCAGUACAGGACCAUCCAAAUUUACCAGAUAGAAAAACAAGACCUCAUCAAGCCUUCUGUCUACGAACUCUUCAUGUAUUCACCAUCAAUUUUCAAUGAGUCCGAUACCCUUAGAAUACAGAAAAAAAGACCCAAGGGGACUACCAAUCUUUCGCUGGUGCAAGCUCCUAGCUCGAGCUGGAAAUUCACGGAGAAGAGUUGGAGAGUGGACACCGACCCGGGAUCCUGGUGCCUGGAAAAUGGAGUCCUAGAUGACAUGGAGAUCGACGGAGAGUGGGCGUAUGACAAAUCUGGCGAGUAUCGCCGUCGCCGUCAUGUGCGCGAGGUUGUCAGAUAUAGCAGGCCACCGAAAAAGCGCUAG